AUGGUCAUACAUGCAAUGGUGAAAUGGAACGUUACCGUUUUGUCCACUGCUGCAGGACCUGCUUUGUUUUCUCGGAUUCGCGGCAGUCUUCGGCCAGACGCAAUCGCUGCUCGGCUGCGCGCUCGGUGCUUCUCACGAAACCUCUUCUUCGGCCAACUUUACGUCCUGUCGCAUCGUCGUCAUCGACUGGCCGAACGCCUGCCGCACAGCAGGACGAGACCAUCAACGCACGGCUUACGAAGUUCCUGUCCCGGGAAACGAUCUGUUGAGCAGCGGCAGGCCGAGUUGCUCCUGGCGAACUUGUGGCUUACGACUCAGACCCUACUGCCAGAUGCCCCGUUCAAAAGUGCUUUCUCAUGUCUGUCGCAGGUCUGCUUGCUUGAUGCCGUUUUCGACGUCGGUCUCGAUUUCUGA